AUGCCCCGCUGUGUGUUCUGUGGAAAGGUAACAGCUACACAUGAGGGUCUCAAGAGACAUGUUGUAGGGCAUCCUGAAUGUCGCAGGCAGUGGGCAUCAAUGAUCGAAGAAGUAGAGGCAGAGAACUUAGACAAUGCACCAGAUGUUGACUUCCCCCAUCAAGAUGCAGCUCCAGGCCAUGUUCACCCAUGCCCAUCUCCAGAUACGGACAAUAACCCAGUGCUUGGCAAAACUCGUCGGGUUACAGUCGAGGAAGUCGAAGAUGAGGAUGGGAUGUUGUUCCCCAAUAACGAGCGAUAUUUCAAACCUCAGCCAGAUGCUGGCUGGGCACUGCAUGAGGGGGAGACAAGUUUUGAAAGAUAUAGAGCAUACCAAGAGGAAGAGGGUGAGGAUCCAUGGUCGCCUUUUGAGGAUGCGGAAGAGUGGGAUCUGGCCCAGUGGCUUGUCAAGAACCUUGGUCAGGCACGGACCGACUGA